AUGUCACCGAUCCCCGGCAUCAAAGGGUUAGUCCACGGUUUUCGAUUCGAGGAUGAAACAGGAGCUCAUUCUGCUAUACAGGCUCUUUUGACCGAGACGGAGAAGCUGCUAGAGAGCUGGAAGCACCCCGAUCCUUACACUCCUCCAACAGCCCCUGGAGGUUCCAAGUACGAGCGAAACCUCCCAUCACCCGUUCUCGACCCUCCCCCGCACCCCGUCAACCGACACUAA